UUGUAAACUGUGACAUUCAAGUUGCACAGAUCUUGAAAGAAGAGUUUGGGUUUAGUUGAGAUUCCAAUAAGUUCCGAAUGGAUCUUUUUCUUUGGGAUUUUUAAAGCGGAGGGAGAAGAAGAGAGAGAGAGAGAGAGGGAGAGAGAGGGAGGGAGGGAGAGAGAGAGAGAGAGAGGGGGGAAAACAAGACAAUUAAAAAGAUUGACAGGUAGGCUCCUCUGUCAGGGGUGACGCUUGUGGAGAGGGGAGGAGUAAAAAUGUAGCAGGAAAAGCCACUCGAUGCGUCUGUCUAUCAGUUGAGACUGUCUGAAACAGCUUCUGGAUCCUCCGCGUUUCCAUUUUCCCCCUUUCUGAGAGAGCUCGGAUCAGCCCCCGGAGUUUUCCCCUCCGCUCUUUUUACGCCUUUUCCUCUCUUUUCCUUUUUUUUUUUGUUUUGUUUUUCCCACACACAAGAGACUAAUAUUUCAGUCCGUGUCGAUCUGAUCUGUUGUUGGCGGAGCUUGGAUGCGCCUGCGUCUUGUUUGUUCCCCAAGUGAUCUCCUCUCCACCGCAUCAGCCACCCCUCCAAAAAAAAAAAAAAAAAAAAACACAGACUCUGUCCAAGAUGCGAUGAGAUGAGCGGUGGAAAUCAUUCUCACGACUCCUAAAACGUCCCCGGCACAAGAAGAGAAGGAACCACGAGGAUACGUUACUUAUCAGAGGUGCGCGCUGCGCUCACACGGGACUUAUUUGUUUGGCCGCCGCCAGAAUUUAUUUAUUUUUUUAGUUUUGUGGCGUGCGUAAAAAGCGCAGCAAACUAUCUCCUUUCUCCAAACAAGCACUGGAGAUCGGGGGGAUUUUUUUUUCCUAAACGGAGUGAACUAAAAACUUGGGUUUGAAGCUGCUGUUUUUUUUUUCCUCUUCUUUUUUUCUUCGCUAUGAAAGAGAUGAAGGAAGAUGUUUUUUAAUGGCCACGAAGGUGUCAGGAGCUGGCCGAAUCCCUUCGUAAUUUUUGAGCUCCUUCUCACUGAAGCCGAUCCAGCUAUUAAAUCCAGAAGAGAGCAGCGGCUUUGAGGCGAUCCGAGACGUUUCCAGCUCCGAGAUCAACACUCUGUCCCCCCUCUCUUCCUCCACCCGAAAAAACGGGAUGAUUUUUCCACACUGAUAGACUUGAUUCGUUCGUAAUUCCUGCAUGAGAAGCACCGUGGAACUUGACGGUCACUAUGCCGAGGAGAAAGCAGCAAGAGCCGCGGCGAUCAGCAGCCUACAUGCCCGAGGAUGAGCUUAAGGCAUCCACACACGAUGAGGAAGAACACCUGCAGGAUGACGGCCUCUCAUUAGAUGGCCAGGACAAUGAGUUCCUGUGCAACGAGGAAGAGGAAGAUGUGGACGGAGGGCAGCCACCAAGCUACAGAGACUCUCCGCUCAGCAACGGCACCAACCCCGACGCUGGAUACGGGUCCCCUCUCAGUGACGCCAGCGACCGGCUUGCGGACUUCAAGAGCACCUCUUCCAGGGAUGGCCAGGAGAGAGACGGCAAUGCUUUGCCCUUCCGUCCGAACAAUGGCCUCUCUUUCCAGGACAGCCUGGCGCAGAUGAAAGCCGUCUAUGCAAACCUCAUCUCAGAUGCCUCUUGGUCUAGCAUCACAAUGGACAUUAUGAAAUCUAAGCCUGCUGCAGCUGGCAGUGUCAACAGUGCCCUCACCACUCCCGAGCCUGUCUCUACUGCCUCCGUCUCCACGACUGCCACUAUAAACAAAAGCAGCGUAGUCAACCUGGCUAGCAGUCACCAUAAUGGCAGGAGCUCCAGCACUACCGUCAACCACACAAGCAGUGCAAGUGGCAAUACAAACGGCACAGCAGCCAACUCUGUGAGCAGCCACAGCGCGACCAGCAGCAGCGGGAGCAGCAGCGGUGCCGGCGGUGCUAGUAAUGGUGGCGGCGUAGCGUAUGACUGGCACCAGGCUGCCCUUGCCAAAACUCUUCAGCAGACCCCCUAUCAUCUUUUACCAGAGCCCAGCCUCUUCAGCACAGUGCAGCUCUACAGGCAGAACAACAAGCUGUAUGGCUCUGUUUUUACCGGUGCCAGCAAGUUCCGCUGCAAAGAUUGCAGUGCGGCUUACGACACACUGGUGGGUUUGACGGUCCACAUGAAUGAGACCGGCCACUACCGAGAUGACAACAAGGACAAAGAGGAAGAGCAGGGGAAGCGCUGGUCCAAGCCACGCAAGCGGUCCUUGAUGGAAAUGGAGGGAAAAGAGGAUGCACAGAAAGUACUGAAGUGCAUGUACUGUGGCCACUCAUUUGAGUCUUUGCAAGAUCUUAGCGUUCAUAUGAUUAAGACCAAGCAUUACCAGAAAGUGCCUCUCAAAGAACCAGUGCCAGCCUUGGCCACAAAGCUGGUACCCACUUCAGCUAAAAAACGUGCUAUCCAAGACGCUAUAGUCUCUCCGUGCUCCCCAGACUCGAUUCAUGCUGGUAGUGGCGGUGGAGGUGUAUCUCUCGGGGAUGUUGGAAAAGACACAAAAGCUGCAGCCAACCCUUACGUUACACCAAACAACCGUUACGGCUAUCAGAAUGGUGCCAGCUACACAUGGCAGUUUGAAGCUCGGAAAGCGCAAAUCCUCAAAUGCAUGGAGUGUGGCAGCUCGCACGAUACACUCCAACAGCUGACCGCCCACAUGAUGGUUACAGGUCACUUUUUGAAGGUCACAAAUUCCGCAUCCAAAAAAGGCAAACAGCUUGUCUUUGAUCCCGUCGUGGAAGAAAAGAUUCAGUCUAUCCCACUGCCCCCAACCACGACCAGACUCCCUGUUCCCAGUAGUGUUAAGUCCCAGCCAGUGUCCCCUGCCCUCUCCUCUGGCUCGGAGGAAAAAAGGGAAGCAGGAGAGGAUGAAAAACCUGAAGGUGGUGAUAUUUUGGAAAAAAAAAUUAAGGAGGAGAAAGAUGACUCGGGUGAGAAGUCUGAGACUGACACCACGUCAUAUAAAUACCUUAGAGAAGAAGACCUUGAAGAAACACCUAAAGAGGGGUUAGAUAUUUUAAAAUCUUUAGAGAAUACAGUUUCUAGUGCCAUUAGCAAGGCCCAGACAGGCACACCCACCUGGGGGGGCUACCCUAGCAUUCACGCAGCCUACCAGCUACAGGGUGCUAUGAAGAGCUCGUCUACUGUUCUUCCCCCAACAGUCCAGAGCGUCCAGAUGCAGCCGAUGUUCAACAGUAGCCUACGAGGCCUCGUGAGCGACCCCAACUCAGUCAUUCACUCACCUCGGAGUCCUUCCUCCCCCACCCCCCUCAGAAGCAACGUCACUGCCAUGGAGGAGCUCGUGGAGAAAGUGACAGGAAAAGCUGCCACUGUGAAGAAAGAAAAGGAGGAGAAGGUGGUUAGCCAGGAUAGAUGCCGACCCCCGUCGUUAGUCAAAUCCCCUUCUCCUGCACUGAGAGAGCAGAGAGAGCAGUUAGCAUCUCCCAAUGACCUUUCUGUAGGUAAACCGUCUGGUAUGAGAAGUAGCAGUCCAGGCAGUGUAGACUCAGAGCUUAUCUGCAAGAAGGAGCCCAAAGAGAGCCUCGUAGACGGCCACAGUAACCAUUCAAAGAAUGGGUCCGAGGCGUGCCAAUCACCCGUAACUAAUGGCAACAGCCUUGGAAUCAUCACCGAUCACUCACCCGAAAGCCCUUUCAUCAACCCUCUUAGCGCACUCCAGUCAAUCAUGAACACGCACCUGGGCAAGGCGUCCAAACCGGUGAGCCCAGCUGCAGAUCCGCUGUCCAUGCUUUACAAAAUCAGCAACAGCAUGAUGGAUAAGCCGACUUUCAACCCAACUCCUCAGGGCAAGCCGGCUGAGUCCGCCAACCACUUUCAGCUCUAUGAAAACAACGACCAGCCCAUUGACCUGAGUAAGAAUAAGGCCAAUACGAAUAGCAACAACAACAAUAACAACAACAGCGGUGUGCUUUUGACCAACAACAGUGUGAAUGGCAACAAACCCCUCAUUUCCCUCCCUGACUCGGUCUCCUCCCCCCUGAGGGAGAAUGCUCUGAUGGACAUUUCAGACAUGGUGAAGAACCUCACGGGAAGGCUGACACCGAAAUCUUCAACGCCGUCCUCCAUUUCAGAGAAGUCGGACGCCGACGGCAGCGCGUUCGAGGACGCCCUGGAAGACCUCUCGCCAGUGCAGAAAAGGAAAGGGAGGCAAUCCAACUGGAACCCUCAGCACCUCCUCAUCUUGCAGGCCCAGUUUGCCUCCAGUCUGAGGGAGACCCCGGAGGGCCGCUACGCCAUGACUGACCUGGGCCCUCAGGAGAGGGUCCACAUCUGUAAAUUCACAGGCCUCUCCAUGACGACCAUUUCCCAUUGGUUGGCUAAUGUCAAGUACCAGCUCAGACGGACUGGCGGCACCAAGUUUCUCAAGAACAUGGACUCGUGCCAGCCCGUGUUCCUCUGUGGCGACUGUGCCUCUCAGUUCAGGACUCCCUCCUCCUACAUCAGCCACCUGGAGUCUCACCUGGGCUUCAGCUUGAAGGACCUGUCCAAACUGUCAGCGGAGCACCUACGGGAGCAGCAGGCUGCCUCAAAGGUGAUCACAGACAAAAUGACAUUCGGCAGCCCCCUGUCAGCCUUGACCACGCCAGAGGACGACACAGGCUCCGUGUACCAGUGCAGACUUUGCAAUCGGACAUUCGUCAGCAAGCACGCAGUCAAACUGCACCUCAGCAAGACCCACGGCAAGUCUCCGGAGGACCACCUGGUGUUUGUCACUGCAUUGGAGAAGCUGGAGAAGCUGGACAAAGCGGAGAAGGUUUAAGGAAGCGUGUCUUGAGCUGAGGGUGAAGACUGACAGCUGUGGAACUGACUAGAAUUUCAUUGCACUAAAAAGACGUUGUUCACAGUUACUGCACUGGGCCGAACUGAGCCACUAGGAAAAAAAAAUAAAAUAAAAAUCAGUCUUAUUAUUUUUUGUUGUGAUAACUGCCUGACUGGACCAUGUCUUUUCAUGUUGAUUUGUUUUUUUGUUUUGCCAAGCUUUUUUACACUUAUUUUGUAAUAUAUUUAUAUGCUAUUUGUCUGAUCUGUGCAUGUAUUUUAGUGAAUCAAGGUUAAACACAAGAUUUUAAUCUUUUCAUGGCAAAUACAACUACUGCUUCAAUGGUAAAAGUGGCGAGCGGGAAGAACUGGCGGAAGAGAAAACUGUAUAAUACUUGAUAUGAAGAAGGUGAAAAUUAAAUGUAUACACCAAAAGAAUGAAAGAAUACCCUGAAAGACUGAAGUAGCACCUUAGACAGUUGAAUUAUGAAUUUGUAAAGAGGACAUGUUUUGAAAUAUCUUGCAUUUGUCAAAAAUCUGAUUUUAAAAGAUCAAGGAUUAUCAUCCCCCCUCCUCCUUCCUUCCUGGGUUUCUGUCACUGCAAUGUUUUUGAUGAUGAAUGGCCUGCUCCUAAAUCUGUCAGUGUAUUAGAAAAAAAAAGAGAACAUGUGAACAUUUGGAAAAACUGAAAUGCUGCUUCUGGUUCUGAGUCAAUCAGUGAAAAAUGAAUGGCCAUCGGUAUGCAAGUUUGCUCAGUAAAAGAAAAAAAAAACUUUUCCUUGUUGUGAAGUAUCACCUUAUAGCAAUUUUCCAGUUGUAUGGUUUGUUACAACUUUCUCUUUCUAAAUUGUGUCGCUUUAUUCAACUGUAAAGAGAACAGUCCGUUAUGUGUAAAUGAUUACCAGUGAAAUGUCAGUACUCCAUAAGACAUAUCUUACCAUUUGAAACGGCUCAACAUUCUUUGUAUCUUAAGGUGUGUGCAUUCUCUAACUUUUAUAUUGUCAUUUUAUAUACAAAAACGCUAAAAAAUAAAAACAGAUGAUGUAUAUAGAUAUAUGCUGUAGAGCUACAAAAAUGUCCUUUUUUAAAGAAAAUACAAAUUUAGCUUCUUUGGCUUGGUUUACAGAAAUGAUUUUAAUUAUACUUGCAUCCAAUUUGAUGCAUGAAAUGGUGUGGAAAAUAAAAUAAGCGAUGCACAAUGACUAUACAUUUCAAUGUUUUAUCGACAAUAUUGUAAAAACGAAAAUGGAAAAAAAA